UCAAUAACUCCCUCAGACUGACUGCUCAGCAUGACAGUGUCCAUCCGAAAGACCAGAGAAACAUGCUCCAGACAGGAUGCAUUAUAUGGAUUAUUUUCUCCUUGUGGGGAACAGUUAACUGUCAUGUGAGGAGUAUGCCUCAUGUGAUAAAGUACCAAACAGUUAUACCUCAGAAACUACGAUCCCCAAAUGUCCACAACUCAGCAUUACACCAGACAUUUCCUGAUGUAAUGAAGUACUCUUUAUUAAUUGGAGCACGGAACUAUACACUUCACCUAGAGAGAAACAUAGACCUUGUUGGGCAGAACUUUAUUGUAACCCACUAUUCUGAGGAGGGCAACCAAAUCACAACCAACCCAGACGUAACGGGCCACUGUUAUUACCAUGGACAUGUGAUGGGACUAGAGGAUUCAUCUGUCAGUGUCAGUCUGUGCUCAGGAAUAAAUGGGUUUGUGCGCCUUCAGGAUCAGACUUACCUCAUUGAACCUCUGGCAAAAGAGACACAGCGGGACAGUAAGAGCUCUAUGUCCCAGAGUGAGGAGGGUCUUCACGCCGUUUACAACUACAAACACCUGAGGACAAAAAGAAGCACAUGUUCCCAUGGAAACACUACCACGUUCUAUGAUCAUGGUGGCCGGCCGUCUGGACUGUUCCAGCUUGGCAGUCUGAAAAGCAGAUCUCAGCACAAAGAUAAAGGUACUUCAAAACCCAGAACAGUGGAACUUGUUGUGGUUGUUGACAAUGAAGAGUAUAAAAAGAUUGGCAGUAAGAAGACUGUUGAGGCUCGAGUGCUUGAAGUUGCAAACCAUGUUGACAAGUUAUACAGACCUGUGGGUGUUCGCGUGAUGCUUGUUGGGAUGGAUAUCUGGUCUUACAGAGAUCAGAUAGAGGUCAGCUCAAAUCCAGAGAUCACGCUUGGACGUUUCUUAGAGUGGCGUCAGCAGAGACUUCUACCCAGAAUCAAACACGAUAAUGCACAGUUUAUCACUGGUGUGGAUUUUGAUGGGUCCACUGUUGGAUUAGCAAACACAAAUGCUAUGUGUACUUCAAAGUCUGGGGCUGUAAAUGAGGAUCACAACAGUAACUCAAUCGGAGUGGCCUCAACCAUAGCUCAUGAGAUGGGUCACAACCUGGGUUUGUCCCAUGAUCAUGAAAACUGUGUUUGUGGUUCAUCCAGAUCAAAAAAGGGCUGCAUCAUGUCUGAAAGUGUAGGCAUUGUUUAUCCAGAGCUCUUUAGUAGCUGCAGUCAACAACAGCUGAGUAUGUUUCUGGAAGAGAUCAACCCCGAGUGUCUGCUUGAUAAGCCUUCGACAAAUCGCAUCUACGGAGGACCUGUUUGUGGAAAUGCUUUUCUCGAGGCUGGAGAGGAGUGUGACUGCGGCACUGCAAAGGAAUGUAAAAAUCCUUGCUGUAACGCUACUACCUGCAAACUGAAAGAAGGAGCCCAGUGUGCAGAAGGAGCGUGUUGCCAUAAUUGCCAACUCAAACCGACAGGCAGUUUAUGCCGUUCAAAAACAGGAGACUGUGACCUGGCAGAGUACUGCUCUGGACUCUCAGCUUCCUGUCCUGCCGACGCCUACACUCAAAAUGGUCUCCCGUGCAACCGUGGACAGGGAUAUUGCUUCAAUGGUCAGUGUCCUUCAAGGAGACAGCACUGCAAAAGACUUUGGGGACCAGAUGCUGAAGUAGCUGCAGAUGUGUGUUUCCACCGCAACGGAAACUGCAAAAAAACUGUGUUUGGUCAGAGAUGUGCUGGAGCAGAUCAGUCAUGUGGUACACUGUUCUGCACCGGAGGUUGGGAGUUUCCAAUAACGUCAAAGAAGUCUUACUACAGCAUCGGAAAUAACAUGUGCAAUGAAGCAACGAUGAAUCCAGAGGACAACUACCCAGCUGAUAUGGGCUUGGUCCCCACUGGAACCAAAUGUGGCACUAACAUGGUUUGUUAUGAUCAAAGGUGCCAGGAUAUGAAAUAUGUCAAAGUGUAUGGACCUAAUGACUGUUCAGACAAAUGCAACAACCAUGGCGUGUGCAAUCAUGAGAGGAAGUGUCACUGUGACCCAGGAUGGGCCCCUCCCUACUGUGAUGUACAACAAACUGAACUGGCUGAAGAGUCUGGUGAGGUCUUAACAGUUUCUUUGGCAUUGGGAGCACUUAUAUUGCUGGUAUUGAUCAUUGGGAGUUUGAUGUGUUGCAUUAAAAAGCACCGACCAAAAAAGAGAUAUAUCCAGUCUACCUCAGGACAAACUAACCCCAUGUUUCAGUCGGGCAGUGUAAAGAACAGCUCUUGUAAUGGGUACACUAUUAGUACGCCAACAUUUGUAGAGUCUUCAUCCACCCAGCUCUCCAAAACACUGUCCUAUGCUUCAUCCAGAGCAACAACCGGAGUAUUUAAACCCACAAGAGCAGCUCCAGAACCACCGAAAAAAGUUUAUCCAGAGCUGAAAACAUCGAGGAAUCAACAGGUCGUUAAACCAUAUGUGCAACCGCCACCUGUUAGUAUGAAGCCUGUCUAUUCUGCGACUAAACCACUUCCACCAUCCAGACCUCUUCCUCCACUUACAACAAAGCCAAAGCCUCCAGUGCCUCCAAUAAAUGUGAAGUCCUCCUCUGGUGCACUGCCUCAUACUCAGUUGGUUUCUGGGAGAGUUGUCCUGAUGCCUCCAAGCAGGCCCAGAUGACAGAAGAGAUGAGGCAGAGUUCUAUAA